AUGGGGGACGGUAGAGGGGACAACUUUGAAGGUAUGAGCAUUGAUCGCCUUAAACUGGAGUUAUUGGAAGAAAUCCAUAUGAAAGACUUGGUACAGCUCUCAAUACUUGAAAUAAGACACAAGAUAGUGGAACUGGAAGCCAAACUCAAUACUGACAAUGAAGGUGGUGAAUGGAAAACCCGUUAUGAAGCGCAACUUGAACUGAAUGUUCAACUAGAAAAGCAAAUUGUUAUUCUCAAAGAGAAAAUGGAAAAAAUCCGUGGAAAUCCUUCAGAUAGACUAGCUUCUAUUCGUGUCUAUGAGAGAAUGCCAGUGGAAUCCUUAAAUACAUUACUUAAACAGCUAGAAAAAGAAAAAAGGAGUCUUGAAAAUCAAGUGAAAAACUGUGCCCUUAGACUGGAACAAGAGUCAAGAGCUUACCACAAAACCAAUGAUGAACGCCGCGCAUACCUAGCUGAAAUGUCUCACAUCUCUGGCUCACACCGAGUUUCUAAAAGGCAACAGAUGGAUCAACUUCAUAGAAUUAAAGAGAAUCACGUGAAAGCAGGAAGACAUAAUCCAGCUAAUCAGAAGAUAGUAAAUGCCAAGAAAGGACCAGCAAAAAAGAUCACAAAACCAAACCAUCUUCCAAAACUCAAUCCAUGA